AUGGACCCAAGCUUCCUCUCGGCCGUGAUAGCCGGUAACAUGGACAGCGUCCGUAGGCUGCUCGAUGAAGAUCGAAUACGACUCUACGGCAUGACCAUUAAAGGAAACAGCAUCCUCCAUAUCGCCGCAAACCUCGGCAACGACUGGCUCAUCACCGAGGCUUGCAAUAACUCCGAAUUGGACCUCCUAAUGCACCAGAACUUAAAAGGCGAAACGAUCAUCCACCUCGCCGCCCGUGCAGGGCACGACCACAUCCUAUCAUUGCUGAUCGAUCAUCAAGCAGGAAGGCAAAUGACAGGAGCGCUGAACCGGCGCGGGGAUAGCGCUCUGCACGAAGCUGCACGUUGCGGCCAUGUCAACGCUGUCCGGUGGCUUUUAGCUGUUGGAGAGAAUAUGGCCUCGAUUAUUAACGAAUAUGGAGAAUCGCCGCUUUAUCUAGCGGUGGUGAGGGGCUCUGUGGAGAUUGUGGAAAUGUUGCUUGAAUGCGCGAUGGUGGAAUAUGGAGGACCUCGAGGGCAAACUGCUCUGCAUGCUGCCGUCUGCGGAAGCUAUGGAUCAAAACCAAGUCACUAUUUUAACAAUCGUUUUAACCGAGAUGGAGAGUUGCUGCUUCGUCUAGUAGCAGAAGCAGUGACAAGUGACGCACCAAUGGACCCACUGAAUGUCGGGGAAAUGUUUCGAGGCGCGAUGGGUUAUUUUUAUAGUAGACCUCGACGGCAAAUUGCUCUGCAUGCUGCCAUCCGCCGAAGCUAUGAUAUUGCAAGGAUGCUAUUGAAAGAGAACCGGCACUAAACCAACAGGUGGAUGCCUCCCAGAAGCAGCCCCAUUCACUAUGCG